GCCCAAGACACGCGGAAGAAGGCCAGCCUCUACUGAGGCUUCUUUCUACUUUGGUUUCUCGGGAAACACAAAAACUCACCAACGUAAGCCACACAACUUGUAGUUAUAUGUCCAACCAGACCAGCCAUGGCUUGUCAAUGCCUGCCAUCCCCAAGCGCAAGCACACUCAAACACAAUCCCAAACUCCCAUACACAUCCCCUCUAAGCAGCCUCAACAGUCUCCGUUUCCUCUCAAACACAAACCGUUUCACAACAUCCUUAACCUGCAACGCAUUCCUUGGCGGCGACAUUAUUAUUCCUGAAAACUUGGAAGAAAUCCCAGUACUUUUCCGUUCUGGGUUUGUGCAGUUUGAGAGAAUAACAGAGGAUUUGUCGGACACCCAGAAGUGGGGUUUCCUUGUUUUUGCUGGUUUGAUAUGGAUAUACUUGACUGCAAGGCCCGGUGUUCUUGUGGGUGCCAUUGAUGCUUACCUUUUGGCUCCUCUCCAGCUGGGUUUGGAUAGCUUGAUUGGAAGGAGAAGCUUGAAAAGGACUGAUUUUGUGAUCGGGGAUAAGUUGGGUGAGGGCUCUUUUGGUGUGGUGUAUUCUGGUGCAGUUGUUCCAAAGAAUGUGGUUGUGGAAGAGCCUAGAGGGAAAGCCAAAACGAAAAAGUUGGAUCAGAGGUUCAAGCAGAAGGUCAUUCUCAAAAAGGUCAAAGUUGGGGUCCUAGGGGCAGAAGAAUGUGCUGAUUAUGAAGAGUGGUUUAAUUAUAGGCUUUCAAGAGCAGCUCCUGAAACAUGUGCCGAGUUCCUUGGUAGUUUUGUUGCUGACAAAACCAACACACAGUUUACAAAGGGUGGAAAAUGGCUUGUUUGGAAAUUUGAGGGAGAUCGAAGUCUUGCGGAUUACAUGAAGGACAGGAACUUUCCAUUUAACUUGGAGUCUGUCAUGUUUGGGCAAGUCUUGCGAGGAGUGGACUCUGUAAAGCGGACUGCAUUGAUCAUCAAGCAAAUUAUGCGCCAGAUUAUUACUUCGCUAAAGAAAAUCCACGACACGGGCAUUGUUCAUCGGGAUGUAAAGCCUGCCAAUUUAGUGGUGACAAAACGGGGACAGAUCAAGCUCAUAGAUUUUGGUGCUGCAACAGACCUAAGGAUAGGAAAGAACUAUGUACCAAACCGUGGCCUGCUCGAUCCUGACUAUUGUCCGCCCGAGUUAUAUGUCAUGCCCGAGGAAACACCAAGUCCUCCUCCGGAGCCAAUUGCUGCACUCCUUUCUCCAAUCCUUUGGCAGCUGAAUAGUCCUGAUCUGUUUGAUAUGUACUCUGCUGGGAUUGUACUCUUACAAAUGGCAAUACCAACUCUAAGGUCUGCAGCAGGCUUAAAGAAUUUCAACUCCGAGCUAAAAGCGUUUAAAUAUGACUUGAACAAAUGGAGGGAAUUUAGUCGGAGAUUGCCCGACUUGACGAUUCUUGAUCUCGAUUCAGGUAGGGGGUGGGAUCUCGCAACAAAGCUAAUUUCGGAGAGAGGUUCCCUUAGAAGAGGACGUUUAUCAGCUGGUGCUGCUUUGAGGCAUCCUUAUUUCUUGUUGGGUGGUGACCAGGCAGCUGUAGUUCUUUCAAAGUUCAGCUUUACCAGAGAUUAAACUUCUCAGUGAUGCAACUACAUAUAAUAUUACCCCUUUUUUUUUCCAAUUCUUUAAUAAUCUUAAAUUUCAUAUGUGAUUUUCAACACAUUGAGUAAUGGUGAUAUACUUCUUAAGCCUUUGAUGGGGAAAUUUGAAUCAACACUUCUAGUGCUAAUUGGUUAGUCAUCCAUGGAUGUUGGAUGAAAAUUUCCUAUUGGGUUCUUUUUGGGCCUCACUUGUGUACUUGGUCAACCAAUUUUGUUAUCAAGAAAUCUCUAAUUGAUGACCCAAGAAUGAUGUGUUUUGUAACUUCUCAUGCUUUAUGUUACAACAUUCCAAAC